AUUUUUCCCCUUUCCAGCAUCAGUAGCACAGAGACAGCCUCCAUACAGCUUGCGCGUGUCCUUCUUGCUGUAUUUUUUUAAGAGGGGCUUGAGGGUAAUUAACCUUAGAUAGUACACACGAGCAGCGAAUUCAGAUUAAGACUUUGGCUUUCUUUGGCUGGGGGUGUGUUGGUUCAUCUGCUGUGUUCUCUUCAGGAGCAACGAGGGCGCGUGUGUCGAGUGACAGGAGGACAGAAAAACAGAAGGAGAUGUCUGCCAGAGGGGGGAAAAAGAAGGUCACCAAGCUGUCCCGCUCAUCUCGGGCAGGGGUCAUCUUCCCUGUUGGCCGAAUGAUGAGGUAUCUGCGCACCGGCACACAUAAAUAUCGCAUCGGCAUGGGAGCACCUGUCUACAUGGCAGCAGUCAUCGAAUACUUGGCAGCUGAGAUUUUGGAGUUGGCCGGAAAUGCCGCGCGGGACAACAAGAAAGGCAGAAUCACUCCGAGACAUAUUAAGCUGGCUGUGGCCAACGAUGAGGAGCUUAAUCAGCUUCUUCGUGGCGUGACCAUCUCAAACGGCGGAGUCCUGCCUCGCAUUCACCCGGAGCUUCUUUCCAAGAAGAGAGGAAGCCGAGUCAAAGCGGACAGCCAGGCAUCCAUCCCCGAGAAGAAGGCAUUACGCACCAAAAGCACCAAAGCCGUCAAACCCUCGAAAAAGGUUAAAGGCAAACGAGGGCGAAAGCCAAAGAACACAGCAAAGGACAAAGAAUCUGUACCAAACUCCACGGUGGAAGAUGGCCCAGGAGAUGGAUUUACCAUCCUCUCAGCCAAGAGCCUGUUCCUUGGUCAAAAGCUUUCUCUCACAGUGACUGAAAUUGGCAAAAUUGGAACAAUCAAGGUAGAUGCCAUAAUUAACCCAACAAAUGCAGAGAUGGACCUCAGAGAUGGUGUAGGGAACGCUUUGGAGAAGGCAGGAGGCCAAGAAUUCCUGGAGGAUGUCAAGGAGCUACGGAAAGCACAGGGACCUUUGGGGGUGGCAUCAGUGGCAGUGAGCCAGGCCAUUGGAAUGACAGCCCACGUCAUCAUCCACUGCAACGUUCCACAGUGGGGGUCGGACAAGUGUGAAGAGCAUCUAGAAAAGACUGUGGAGAACUGCCUCUCGGCUGCAGAGGAGAAGAAAUUCAAGUCUUUGGCUUUCCCUUCACUCCCUGCUGGACGGCAUGGAUUCCCAAAGCCGACAGCUGCCCAGCUCAUCCUCAAGGCCAUCUCCAACCACUUUGUGUCAUCCACCAACUCCUCUCUGAAAAACAUAUACUUUGUUGUGUUUGACAGUGAGAGCAUCGGAAUAUACAUUCAGGAAAUGGCCAAGUUGGACUCCAAGUGAGGAAUUUGACUUGUUGGUUUUUCUUUGUUGGUCAUGCUGAUGGUGCCAGUACAGUGCUGUGAAAAAGAACUUAUCCUCUUCUCCCCAAAAAAAUAUUUGUGUGUGUGUGUGUGUGUGUGUGUGUGUGUGUGUGUGUGUGUGUGUGUGUGUGUGUGUGUGUAAUUUUUUUUUCCCAGCAGAGUUUUCCCACUUUGUAUAACACCAUCAGACAAAGUAAACAUCACACAUUUUAUUUGUAAAGGGGGGGGGGACUAUUCAAAGCUACUUCUUCCACACAGGGCCAAGUCGUCUUGAAUAUGUUUUUGCCCUCUUAAUAAAUAAAUAUACCAUUUAUGUUUUUCUAAUAUUUACAUAUGUUUGAUCAUCUUUAAGGGAAACUAGGCAAAAAAAAGUGUGAAUUUGAGAAGAGGACAUCCUUAUUCAUGGCACUGUAGUGGAUAACAGAAGUAGGUGACAGUUAAAUCAAGAAAUGUUAGAGGGAAGCUGUUGACCUAAAUUGUAUGUUGCUCUCCUUUAGAGAUUAGAUAAUUUAAACUGAAGUUUACUGUUAUGUUGGUGUGUCACAGAUGGUUUUACAUUCCAUGUAGAAAUAGAAGUUAUUUCUGGGCUUAUGUAGUUUCUGAUACACUAGUUAUUUAAAAAAAGAAAAUGUUGUCAUUCUGCUUUGAAAUAAAACGUUUUACAUCA